AUGCAGGGCGCGCAAGAUGCCCUUCCGUGCCUCGUGGGUAGUGAGGUGGUUGCGUAUGUCCGUUUUUUGCUGGAAUGGACCGACGCCACACCACUCACCACAACUGGGCAGGUGCACCACCGCCUCGUGACGCUCGGCACGGGGGAGGAGGAGGUGCAGUUGCUGCGCACCCUCAAAAGUGAGCAGCUGCCCGCGUUAGUGGAGCAGAUUUCGGCGGGGAUCGCGCGGGGUGAGGCGCGCGCCGCGUGCCCGGUGGUAGUGCGGGACGCCGUGAAACAUGUGAUGUCUGACGGAUGCGCGAGCGGUUCCCGCAGCCAUCGUGUCUCUUCCGUGCGGCAACCAGCGACUGCAGAGAAGCUUCUCGCGGUGGCCCGCAGUACGCAGUACCGCGGGCCCCUCGUUCUGUUGAUUUUCCACCCGAAUGAUGCAGUUAGCAUUUGGUCGCGCGAGACACUCUUGCGGCUGGUGAACCUCGCGGCAUCGUCCUCCGCAGAGGCGCCGGCCGCGGCAAACGACGUGUGGCUCUUGGGGAUGCAGUUGCUGUGUACAAUCAAACAUGUCACCUGCGCCCCGCUGGAUUUGCAGGAGGAGGGGACGAAGCGUCUCGUGGCUGAUGGAUGCUGCAGUCUGCUUGCCGUUCUCACCGCAUUAGACGCGAAGCUCGCAGAGCUUGAACGUGCCAUACUGCAGGCUGCAGCCGCAGCAGGUGAAAAAAUUUCGUCUCUCUUCGGUGGGGUGUCGUCGGCGACGGUUCUCCUGCUCGGCGGAAGCAUGUUGCUGGACUGGCUAAUCUCCACGGGGCCCGCAAAGAGUACGCCGACGACAUCUGUGACGAAUGAGUUGGCCGUAGUGCUGAACGCCCAGCUAGGAGUCAACACGACGCUGCAGCCUGCUUCCCUCGCUAGUGACACACAGCGGGCGCUAGUGAAGGUACUCGUGCAUUGUCUUCUUGACAACGCCAAGCGUGCUGCGACGGCAUCGCGCGAGGGUGCGUUGUGGUGCGCGAGGCGCAUGCGGGAGUUAUGGUGCGUGGCGUCGCACAUCGACCCGCCGCCGCCAACGACUGCCAGAACAAAAUUGCCUGUCAAUGGAGCGUUACGUUCUCCUCCUGCGAAGUCGGCGGGUUGGUUGCUGCGGUUCCUGAUGCGCAAUGCAUCCGUGCAGCUCAACAUGCAGACGGCGCUGCGUGGGGCGACAGGAGGUGCGCCAAGUGAUGCCACAUUUCACACAAUGGAAGUUGCCGUGCACGCCCUCCGAUCUCUGCUGACAACGCUCGCUGACACACUCCCUGAGCUGGCGACCUCAUGCUACUACCAUGAGUUUCUGAGGUUCAUCCAAAAAGACUGUUUGACGUUGAUGGCCGCCAUAUCCAUGCGCUCCCAAGAGCCGUACAUCGCCCUGAUGGUUUUACGGCACUUUUUGCUUACAGAUUUAGUCUUGUUUGGCAGCGGCGGGGCGUCAAAUCCCGGGGAAUGUCUUCGGCCCGCGUGGGAGAUGCUCCCCGAGUUACUGCAGCGGACCAUUAUUUGGCAUAGUGACAAGGCAGCCUCAGCCUCAUCGUGUUCGCCGUUGCUGUUGCUGCGGGUGCUCGAGGUGCUGGAUGUCACCAUGGAGAAGUCGUCAGCAUGCGCCUGGCUAUUCCUCAAGCCACUCAAGGACGGACCGCAGCCUUUGGCUUGGGUAGUAAGCAAGUGCAUGGAACGCCUCACCAACACCGUGCGGGGGUCUAUGAAGGAAAUGCGCCAACAGUGGGAGGAGGCGAUGAUGGCGGGAGGCAACAUCAGCACUGGAACUAGCCGCGGCGUGAGCCAUACGUGUGAUAAUAACAGUAAUACCUACUAUGGCUACGGCGACGGUGAGGUCAACUACAGUCCCUGUCAGGGAAACAAGUCUUCGGUGGUUGCCUCGCGGCUUCUUUCCUCCGGCUCAUCCAUUCCUCGUCUGGCACACGUCUUGAUGCUCUCCACCGACACCGUGACGCGUCGUCUGGGGGAGGCGAUUUCCGCCAUCUUUCUUCGUUGCUUUAGUUCUGUCGUGCACAACACGUUCCGCGCCGACGCAGCGAAUUGGCUGCUACAGGUGAUUUUACAUGACCCCGUGCUCCAGGAGAGCAAGCUGAAGCUCCAUGACGCGAAGGUUGACGCUGUCGUCCGGGCCAGUGGGGCGACGUGGGUGACAGUGAUGUGCAGCUGCAAUUGGAGCAACUUAUCGCCGGAUAUUCUUGCAACAUCGUGGUGGUUAUGUGCGCUUUUGGCCGAUGUAUGCGUGUUGGAAACGCCUCUAGGUGAUCAGCUGCUGGACCUCGUUGUCACGCAACUUCCUUCUCUCACUGGAGCUGCACCCGUGGAUAUGCGUCUCGUAAACCCCACCGCCGCCACUGCUGCUGUUGUCGCCCCCGCCACCGAGAAUGAGGCAAUCUCUUCUCACAGUCUGCAGUCGUUGCGUCAGUGUGCACAGCACUUGCUGCUCGUGCUUCUGCAGAGGUGUUCCCGGUAUUCGUCAGUUAUAUUUGUCCGUGCUCUCCUGCAUGUGGCUGCAACGUCACCACCGCUAACGCGGUCCUCGUCCGAUCGGUCCUUCAAGUCGGCCCUUUUGAACGCCUUUGUGGGCGUGCUACAGGGGCUGCCGGCGGAGGCAAAGGAGAUGCUGACGAAAUACGCUCCGCCCUGGUUAGCGGAGAUUCUCCGCUCUGCACAACAAGGCAUUGACGACAGCGUGGCGGAACAGAACCGUCGCUUCCAGCAGUACGAAUUUGAGGAGAAGCAGAUGAAGUUGUUGGAGGAGGAGGACCGCAAACGGGCAAGGCAGGAGGAGGUGCAGUGUCGUGCGAACAGAGAACAGCGUCGGAGGGAGCUGGAUUGUGGGCGUGAGCAGCCAAUAAACAGCAGCAGCAGCGUCCAGUGUGCCGUCACGCUGAAAGCUGCAGUGAAACGCCCGCGUGACGAUAUGUCUUCGAUAAUGAUUGCGCAAAUUGACCCCGGCAGCGGCGGGACGUUGCAGCAAAAACAUGGGCCACUCUUGCAGGCGGCGAAGAACGUUGGUGCCAUCAUGAGUGUCUCCCAACAGCCAGCGGCAGCGGCAGCGUCUUCUCCACCUACAGCACUUCAACGGCAUCUGCAGGAGCUCGGGGAGAGACGUGUAAACGAGUUCAUUCGUGUCGAGACUAUCAACAAGACCGUGGAGGUCCUUCGUCGCAUUGCUGGCAGCACCGACGUCUCGCGUCGUCCCCCGCUAACAGAUGACAUCAUUGGUCAUGGGCGAUAUUGUCUAGCCGUCGAUGUGCCUGUCAUUCCGCAGCAGUUUGCUUCUACCAACAACGCGGCUGGGGACCUUUACGUGGCGUCUUUUCUCCCGCACAUUGCGCUUGAAUUGCGCUAUGAGUUACACCAACGGUUUGAUGAAGUAAUGGACUUUUGUCGCACGCGGGAGGUCGUAAACCGGCGGGGAGGUGACCGCUCAGCGACGACGGCGUCAACAGUGCGGGCCCAGGCGAUCAAUCCUCCCAGUGGUGGAGGCGGCGGCCUGCCUACGCCAUCAUCGUGGAUCACCGACAACGCAAUGCCGGUGGUGUGCGCAGGUGAUGUUGCGCUUAGCCCGCCGGACUUCAUCUGCCUGCAGCUUCGUGUGAUGCUGAAGGUGGUGCCUGGUGCGACUUCUGUGGCGUCGCUGAGCGCGGGGCUCUCGGAGGGCGAUGUCGCGCUUCUCCUGUUGCCACUGCCUCACAUCGCUGCAUCCCUGCCGCAACUCUUCAACGAAGCCGAUGGACGCGGUAUACCGGAGGCCUGGCAUGUGCUUGGGUGUGUCCCAAAACUGUGUCUUGUGACUUCACUGUCACCGGGGCAGCGCACGGCGGCACUUACGGUGUUCACGUCAUCGACGACGGCGUCUUCGUCUUACUCCUCCUCCGCUGACAGUGUCGCUGGCGGUAGUAAUAGUGGUGGCGACAGCAAUGGCACCAUGUCGAUAAACUUUUUGCAUGCACUACGAGUGUUUGUUUUGUCGCAGGCGCACUUCUACAUUAAGCGCCUCGCCUCACUUAAUCCAUCACUCGCUGCAGUAAAUGCAAUUUAUGGCAUUCAGCGAAAGAACUUCGCCCGCACACUGCUGGAACCGAAGUUGGAGGCCAGAGUCAGUUGUUUGUAUCAUCGUGCUAUUGAGCGGGAACUCGUGCUGAGCGAGCGCUGGGGCGAAGUUUCUCUUGCGCUUCUGCUGCACCAUUGCCUUAAUGAUUGGCAGAAACGCGCCAUUGUGGCAGUUCUCUUCGCCGUUGCCCCAGGUUGGGCGGCGGCUGCGCUUAAGGUGCCUCUAUCGGCCUCACUUCUUCCAACAUCACCAGUUUUGUUUCUUAUUGAGGGACCGCCAGGGACGGGUAAAACGCAAACGAUUGCGAUUCUCACGCUCAACCUGUUGCAGUAUCUGCCGAAGACGGCCCGUCGGGUGCUUGUGUGCGCCCCGUCCAACUGCGCCGUGGACGAGGUGCUGCUGCGGUUGCGAAGUCUUACAACGCGUGUGCCGCAACUUGGGGAUGCGCAGCUCGUUCGCGUCGGUGUACGUGACAAUGUUGAUCCUGCAGUGUUGGCGGCCUCACCGCCUCUCUUUCUUGACGACUGCGUGGGGAUAUUGGCGGAUGUCUUCAACACAUCGUGCCCUGCGGUGACGGAGCGCGUGGGGCGUACUGGCGAAGCUGAUGUGCUGGCGAAUGGUCGUCGCCAACAGGUACGUGAUCAGGUGCUCUACGGGGCUCACGUGGUUUGUUCCACGCUGGGGUCGUUGAGUCAGCUGCAGCGCGCUGACUUUUUAUUUGAUGUGGUGAUUGUGGAUGAGGCCUCCCAGGGCACUGAACCUGAUGUGCUGCAGGCGUUGAUGCUUGCAAAGAAGCAGGCGGUGCUCGUCGGCGACUCCAAACAGCUGCAGCCUACUGUCCUCUGUCAGGCUGCUGCUGCGCGUGGACUGAAGCGUAGUUUGCUCCAACGCCUGUUGCAGCAGGGUCACCGCUCCUACUUGUUGCGUGUGCAGUACCGUAUGCACCCUGACAUCUGUGCGUUUCCGAAUCGCUACUUCUAUGGCAGGAAACUUCUCACACACGCCAGUGUAAUGACGCGGCAACGCAGCGCGACUCCGCAGGCACUGCCUCUAUCGACCGACGUGGAGAAGGUGCCGCGGUUGGUGUUUGUAGAUGUGCAGGAUGGACGUAUGGAGUGGGGCAGGGGACGCUCGCUGAUGAACAGCCAGGAAGCGGACGCCGUAGUGCUGCAGAUGCGUCGCUUCCGCGCGAUGCUGCACAUCGCUCCUAAGGAGUUUGCCCGCCGGACUGGGAUUAUCACCUUCUACCAGGCGCAGAAGGAGGCAAUUCUGAGGCGGCUUUCUCGCGAGGAACGCUGCAGCGACCUGCAGGUGGCGACUGUGGAUAGCUUUCAGGGGAAGGAAAAGGACAUCAUCUUCAUCAGCUGCGUCCGCGCCCCGCAUGCCGCAUCUCGCUUCGACGUCACUGCGACUCUGGGCUUCUUGGAAGACUGGCACCGCAUCAACGUUUCACUCACCCGCGCCAAGGAGUUCUGCGUGGUGUUUGGGCACGCACAGACGUUUCGUGCUGCCGCCGCCGCCGCGUUGGCGAAGCAGCAACAGAAACAAGAGGCACAGCCGCCAUCUGAGUCUGGAGGCGCGGGGGACGGCGGUGCCGCCGCCGAAGAAGACGACGACGUCAUUCACGAAGCCACACCGCCGCCGCCAAAGUCGGAUGACGAUCCCCUCGUUCUCGCUGAGCUGGUGCAGUACGUGGCGGGAGUGGCGCAGCAGAAGUCAACUGGCAACAACGCCGCUGCCGCGAUGUUCAGCAGCAACAAAAACCUGCAUCUGCUGAGUGAGCUGCUCCUGCAGUCGUGUGGGGAGCAGCAGCCAUAG